AUGCUGAUCGCGUUGGUCGGACCGGCCUGCUCGGGCAAGGCCGAGGUGGCCCAGUACCUCAUUGUGCACCACCGCUUCCGGCCCGCCAUCAUCCCGUCGAUCUCUUCGCUUAGCACGGAAAAGAUCAAAGCCCUCACCUCGCUGACGCCCGCUCCUGCGGACUCGCCGACGACAACACACUUCACCACACGCGAGGCGCUGCUGGACCACGCCACGGCGCACUGGCGCGACAACAUCGUAACACUAGACCUCUGCACAGCUCACGACCUUGCCGUAGGCUUUGACAAGCGGCCCUCGUUUCUACUCGUUGCCGUUGAUGCCCCGCUUCUGGUCCGCUGGCAAAGGGCGCUAAUUUACUUAUUUCAUCUUCGCCUUUGUAGGUCCAUUUCGCUCGAGAGAUUCAUCCAGCAAGAUGAUGAGCCUGACGGAAAGAUUGUCUCCGUCUCGGCGCCAACCUCGUCCUCGCUGCGGUCCCUGAUGCAGAACGCCGCCCUGACGAUUACAAACCCCUACGCGUCCAUCUCGACGCUGCACACGCACCUCGCCACGCUCUCGCUCGCCUCUCCUCACCGGCUGCGCCCCUCGUGGGACACGUACUUUCUCUCGCUCUGCACACUCGCCUCGCUGCGGUCAAAUUGCAUGAAGCGGCGCGUCGGCGCUGUCCUGGUGCGGUCCAACCGCGUCCUCUCGACGGGCUACAAUGGCACGCCCCGGGGCUUGACAAACUGCAAUGAGGGCGGGUGCCCGCGCUGCAAUGCGGCCGUCGCAGGUGGGACUGCUCUUGACGAGUGUCUCUGCCUGCACGCCGAAGAAAAUGCGCUGCUGGAGUGCGGGCGAGAGCGAGGCGGAGCAGAGGGAACCGUCCUGUACUGCAAUACCUGCCCGUGCCUACGGUGUGCCGUCAAGAUCGUUCAGACAGGUGUCAAAGAGGUCGUCUACCAGCUCGCAUACAGCAUGGACGAUCGGUCCAGGACAAUCUUCCGGGAAGCCGGCGUUACUUUCAGACAGUAUCAGCCCUUGUGA